AUGAUGAAAAUAUCAAUUGUCCGACAGAAUUUCGCCAAAGAAUGUGAAGAUGCCAUCAAUAAACAAAUCAAUGUGGAAUUGCAGGCUGCUUAUGAUCAUAUGGCAUUCUUCACUUAUUUCGAUCGUGAUGAUAUAUCAUUUCCGAAAGCAGCUGAAUUCUUUCGAAAAGCUUCACAUGAAGAACGUGAACAUGCAGAGAAAUUGGCCAAAUAUCAGAACAAACGUGGUGGCCGAAUAGAAUUUAUGGAUUUAAGAGCACUUCAGAAAACUGAAUUAAAUGAUCUUGAAGAAGCAUUUGAAAUUGCUCUAAGUUCGGAAAAGUCGAUUUAUCAGUCCCUAUUGGAAUUACAUAAUGUAGCUGAAGAACACAAUGAUCCAGGGUUAUGUGAAUUUAUUGAAUCUGAAUGCUUAGAAACUAAAGAACAAUUCAUUAAAACAAUUGCUGAUUAUUUAACACAAAUUCAACGUGUUGGGAAACAACUUGGUGAAUAUUUAUUUGACCAAUUAACAUUGAACGAAUAA